GAAGGCCGCCAUUGUUGCCGGCUGGGGGCGGGGACGAAAACACAGCCGGCGACGCUGCCGCCGCCGCUGCUACUUGCUUAUUGCUGAUGGCCGAUUUCAAACGCUGGAAAGAGCAGCGGCUGUCGCGCGCAGACGCGAGCCGGAAGGGCAGCGUGGACGAGCCUAUCGAGGAGAUCGUCCGGCUCCUGAAUAGCCGCGAGACGUUCUGCACCACCAGCUCGUGCUCGGGGCGCGUGGUGGUGCUGGAGCAACCCCCGGCCGCCCCUCCGGCUGCGGGGACUGCUGGCUUUGAAAUACAGAAGCAAAGCUGUACUUGGCUUAUGGUGACCCAUCAAUUAUGUAGUACAAAAGAUGUGCUUACCGCCUUGCAGAAAGCUGCAGCUGAUGCCAUCUUCAAAUUUGAACCAUUUGUUCUCCAUGUGCAAUGUCAAGACCUAGAAGACGCACAACUUCUGCACACCGUGUCUGUAGAAGCUGGAUUCAGAAACUCUGGCAUAACUGUUAGCCGGAAAGGGAAAAUUAUGAUGGCUGUCCGAAGUACUCACUGCUUAGAAGUUCCACUAACUCAGAAAGGAAGACUAAUGGUCAGUGAAGAAUACGUUGACUUUGUGAUUCAAGUUGCUAAUCAGAAGAUGGAAGAAAAUUGGAAGAGAAUUAACAGAUUUUACAGCUCUUUGAAGUUUGCACUAGAAAACAGGUAUCACUCCAGGAGUUCUCCCUCAGAGGAGAAAGAAAAAGGAAAUGGCAUGGAUUCCUGUGGAAGAAAACAAUCUAAAGCAACCAAAAAGGAUGGCGGAAGCCCUUCUUCAGACUGAAAUAAAAAAAUAGAGCGAAGAUGAUAGUCAAAGCAAUGCUAAUAUUUUUCACUUAAGUUGUGGUAUAGAAUUGUGUGAAGUAGUCCUAUAUACCCAUUAUGUUUGUAUAAUGUAGUUUGUUUCCUUUGCUCUUUAUAAGAGCUUAGUAGAUUAUUGUGCUCUAGAACGGGUGGGCAUUUAUGGGCCUUUACAACUUGUGAACUUCAACUCCCAGAAUUCCUGAGUCAGUAUCGCUGGCUCAGGCAUUCUGGGAGUUGAAGUCCACAGGUCAGAAAGGAGCCAUAAUUGCGUAAGUCUGCUCUAGAAAAUAACAGGUUGUUUAUACGGUUUGCCUAAGUUAUUAGUAAAGUUUUAACUGCCAUGUAAUAUAAGAGAACUUCAACAUUUUUAUGGACAGUUUUUGGACCUGGAGUGUGCCUGCCUUGUAGCGUGUGAAAUGUGUAGAUACCUUUAGGAGAAAGUGAUUUUUAUUUUUUUACACGUUAAAAAUGUGCAAUAUCACAAACUUAUACCUAAGAUAUGUCCACAAUAAAUACUGU